GUAGUGGGGCAUUAGCCUGGUUGUACAGGCACUUAUGCAAGGCAUCGGAGUCGAAGGCGAAGCAGAUUGGAGGAGCAGUAAUGUUGGUGCAGCUGUGGGCGUAUUCGAGGUUCCCACUGAUAUGCCCUGUUAUGAGGUUGCCACUACCGCCAGUGGAGGCAGGUCCCUUUGCCAAUCGAUGGAAGGGGCCGAAGAGCACGACAGAGCAUGCGACACAUGUGCUAGUUGCGUAUCGUGCGUCACUGUCGAGUAUACGGGCACACCAAGUUGUUUGGGAGCCCUACAGCGAUGUCCUAGAGUUGUUGCCCCCAUAUUGCACUGCCGGCCGACAAAUAUGGAGGGCCGAUGUGCCAUUGAUCUAUUUUUGGAUAGUAGAGGAUCAUCAUCCCGAACGUGUCUUUCGUCAAUUCGGGAUGAAGCAAGUGCCACCGGAUAUUGUAGAUACAUCCGUUCAUCUCCACAAAAUCUCCCUCCAAGGUAA